UUAUGUUGCUAUAAACCGCAUGAUGGCAUAAAAGCAAAAGAGCAGAGUACACUCUUGCUAAUCUAUAAACAGAACCAGAUAAAGUGAGAGAUCAUAAACCUGUCAAAGCCUUGCCAAGUGUGUACAAUAAUCCCUCAGUUGCGCUUCCAAGUACAGUAGUGUAACAUCCAGGAUUCAGUGGUCGCCAUGAGACUGGUACUUCCUAACCCAGGACUGGAAGACCGGAUCUUCAGCCAUGAAGAUCUGGAGAGGAUGGAAAAGGAGGAGGCUGAGGACAGACCUAAGUGGGACAACAAAGCCCAGUACAUAUUAACAUGUGUGGGUUUCUGCAUUGGGAUUGGCAAUGUAUGGCGGUUUCCUUACUUGUGUCAAAGUCACGGAGGAGGUGCCUUUCUGAUCCCCUACCUGAUCCUGCUGGUACUAGAGGGAAUGCCUCUACUGCUGCUGGAGUUUGCUAUCGGCCAGCGUCUCAGAAAAGGCAGUGUGGGGGUUUGGAGGGCCAUCAACCCCUACCUAACUGGUGUUGGAAUCGCCUCCAUGCUGGUGUCUUUACUGAUUGGACUUUACUACAACACCUUAAUAGCCUGGAUCCUGUGGUAUUUCUUCAACUCCUUUCAAGACCCGCUGCCUUGGGCCCAGUGUCCUCUCAAUGAAAAUAGGACAGAAUUUGUAUCAGAGUGUCAACGCAGCACCACUGUGGAUUAUUACUUUUACCGAGUGACCUUGAACAGCUCGCCUUCCAUAGCUGAGUCUGGAGGACUCCAGUGGCAGAUAGUGCUCUGUCUGUUAGCUGCCUGGACAGUCAUCUGUAUCUGCUAUAUACGGGGGAUCAGUACUUCAGGAAAGGCAGUGUACGUCACAGCCAUCCUGCCUUACAUAGUGCUGGCCAUCUUCCUGAUCCGAGGACUUACGCUCAAAGGCUCCCUGACUGGACUAAAGUACCUCUUUACACCAGAUGUGGACGAGUUGAUGAAUCCACAAACUUGGCUGGAUGCAGGUGCCCAGGUCUUUUACGCCUUUAGCAUAGCAUGGGGAGGACUCAUCUCCUUCUCAAGCUACAACCCUGUCCACAACAACUGCAUGCAAGAUGCUGUGAUCCUGUCCAUUAUAACUGGCCUCACUUCAAUCUAUGCUGCCACAGUCACCUAUACCAUCAUUGGCUUCAGGGCUACUCAGAAAUAUGAAAACUGUAUCAGUGAAAACAUCAUGACAUUAUUGAAUGCAUUUAAUCUUCCUGAGGACAGCAUCACUACAAGCAACUACGACACAGCCUUGAAUCACCUGAACAGCUCCUCUCCUGAUAUUAUUCUUGGACUGGAUUUCAAAACCUGUGACAUGCAGAAACUUCUCAGUGAGGGAGUGGAGGGAACAGGUCUGGCCUUCAUUGUUUUUACAGAAGCCAUCAUCAACAUGCCUGGUUCCCCAGUCUGGUCUGUCCUCUUCUUCAUCAUGCUUCUCUGUCUGGGAAUCUCAACCCUGUUUGGCAACAUUGAGGGAGUGGUGGUCCCCUUGAGAGACUUGAAUGUGUUACCCAAAAAAUGGCCCCAAGAAGCACUGACUGGAGUUACAUGUGCUGUUGCCUUCGUCAUUACCCUUUUGUUUGCACAGCAUUCAGGAAUUUACUGGGUAACUCUCUUCGAUAAUUUUGCUGGAUCUGUUCCACUGCUGACCAUUGGAUUGUUUGAGAUGAUAGCUGUUGCUUACAUCUACGGCAUAGACAGGUUCAACGAGGACAUCAAGUUCAUGAUUGGACAUAAGCCCUCCAUCUUCUGGCAGAUUUCGUGGACGUUCAUCAGUCCCGUCAUCAUUCUGGUUAUCUUAGUAUUCUACGUGGUGACUCAAGCCCAAAAAGAGCUCACCUACUUAGUCUGGGACCCCGACUCGGAUAAGUUUCCAUCUCUGGCAUCCGUACCUUACCCUUCAUGGAUCAAUGCAGUCAUCUUUCUUUUGGCAGGAGUCCCCAGUCUGACAGUACCUCUGUAUGCAUUAUGGAGGCUGGUCAUUGUGACCUGCAAGAAAAAGAAAAAAAAGAGUGAAAAAAUCAUCCAACUAUCUUAAUUUUCAUUAAACAAGUCAGAAUGCAAUAAAAUGCUAGGUUAGUUCAUUUGUUAUGUUGCUGUAAAUGGUAAAUGGCCUGCAAAUACAGUAGGCAGAGCUUUUUCCAAAGUGGUGAAAAAAGCACUUUGUAAUGGUUUUGCAUCAUUCACCCACACGCUCACAACAACAGCAGCAGACCUGCAAUGCAGGUGGUUUGCCUGCCAUCAGAAGCAACUUUGGGCUCAGUGCCCAAGGACUCUGGCACAUGGAGGAGCUGAAGAUCGAACCUCCACCCCUUGGACUAAUGGACAGACGGCUCCAUCUCUUGAGCUGCAGUUCCUCAUUAAUGAACAUCAUCUUUAACUUUAUUUAAAUUACUACUGUAAAAAGUGGCUUGCCUAUUUAUAUUGAACUUUUAUUGAUGCACUUUAAUAAAAUGCUCACACAAUGUA